AGCUCCAACGACUUUUUAUCGCUUUGUCUUAUAUCUCUCGACUCUAUUGCUGCCCCUUCUCAGUAAGUCCAAGAUAAACAAUCGCAUGCACUAGCAGACUACUCCAUGCUAAAAAGCUUCAAUGUAACCCACUAAGAGUUCACAUUCUGUUCUAAAUACCCCAAAGAUCUAUUGGACUAGUUGUUAUAGUUGCAUCAGUCGAUCUCUUCUCUGCGUGUGCCUCGAGGAUGUCGCUGCAGACUUACCAACUCAUGGUGAAGCAGAGAUUCAGCCAGCUGCUGCCGGGAGGCCCGUCCAGGGCAAUGGCUGUCUCGGGUCUCUUGUUGCUUCUAUUCUAUGUGUUCUCCUUCAAUUACUGGUCCAGCCAAGAUCAUUCUGAUCUCCACCUCCCCUUCGCGCACAAGUGGCGAGCCUGGUCGUCGGGCGGCACCAACACCGAUCCUCCGACCAACCUCAGCCACAUCGUGUUUGGGAUUGUUGGUUCCUUGAAAACGUGGAAAGGCAGGAAAGCCUACCUCGAAUCCUGGUGGCGGCCAAAUAUUAGCCGGGGGUACCUCUUCCUAGAUGGACGCCCGGAUAAUGAGUCCCUCUGCCCUUAUACCUGUCCCCAGAUUCUGAUAAACGAGGACAUCAGAAAAUGGAAGAUUUACCCAUUGCUCAAGUAUCCCGUAUCGGUCCGCGUAGCAUGGAGCAUCGUGGAGGCAUUCAGACAGGGGGAUAAUGACGUAAGAUGGUACGUGAUAGCAGAUGACGACACCGUGCUCUUCAUGGACAACAUAGUACAAGUGCUGUCAAAGUACGACCACACCAAGUACUACUACCUUGGUGCCAGCUCAGAAUCUAUUCUCUCAAACGUUUACAUGUCGUUUGAGAUGGGCUUUGGAGGAGCCGGUUUCGCCCUAAGCUACCCCUUGGUGGUAGCAAUGGCAAAGAAAUUAGAUGGGUGUAUUAAGAGAUACCCAAACAUGUGGUCCGACCAUCUUAUUUAUAUAUGCAUACUCGACCUAGGAGUUGCUAUAUCUCGGCAAAAGGGGUUUCACCAGAUUGAUCUCCAUGAUAAUAUAGCAGGCUUCUUGUCAUCACACCCACAGUCUCCUAUCCUUUCCCUCCACCACAUCAACGUGGUGGAUCCGAUCUUUCCAUCCAUGAACCGAUCCGAGUCGAUCAGCCACCUCAUGAAGCCUGCAGGAGUCGAUCAAUCCCGACUCUUACAGCAAACCAUAUGCUACCAAAGGGAGAAAAAUUGGUCCAUUUCUGUCUCCUGGGGUUACUCUGUCCACAUUUAUGAGACUGCAGUGCCUCGGUACGUUCUUCAGAUGCCCAUUGAGACGUUCAGGCCUUGGAUCAAGAAUGCAAAGUGGCCCAUGUUUAUGUUCAACACAAGGCCGGCCAAGAAUGACCCCUGCGAGACUCCGCAUUGGUUCUUCUUCGAGUCCAUAGAGAGUGAGAACAAGGAUGUCUUUGUUACGACUUACACUAGAGCAGAGAAGCGUCGGCUCAGCCCUUGCUCGCUUGGUAGGAACCACUCUGCAGAUCGUAUCAACAGAGUUCAGGUGUUUUCUCCUGUGAAAACACGCCUAGAGGCAGGAAGAGCAGAGUGCUGUGAUGUAGUGUCUCUUUCAGACAACACCACAACAGUCAGAAUCAGGCCUUGCAUGGAAGCUGAAGAGAUUGCCAUUGUUUAGCUCCGCAUAUAUAUAAGUAUUAAACAGGAAGAUCAUUGAUUUCAUUUUUCUCUUUCUAUGUGAAUGAUUAUUUUUCGGAAGCAAAAAAAGCCUAUACCGAUCUUAAGAACGUAAACUGUGUCAUCAAUUGGUUCAGCAUACAAAUACCUGCUCUUGAGAAUGUCUUAUAUGUGGCAAAACCGAUUUCGACUAUUGGAUAUGUACAUGGUGAUAUGUGCAUUGCUCUUCCUGGUUAGGGAGUUGAAUGGAGUCUGUACACAUUAAAAGAUUUCUUUUG